UUUCCACUUUAUAAAUUGAAGAUAAGUGGAAUUAAAAGGUCCAACUAGUUCUUGCAGCCAAACUUUGAGGAGUCAAAGUUGCGUUUAAAAAUAAAGAUAUCCAAAACACCACGGUUUUCUUCUCGCAUAAAUAUAUUACAGAUCACCCAAGAGUGAGAAGCAAGAAACUCCUCGUCUGUUGUUAUAUCAGAAAGAAAGAAAGAAAAUCAUGGGUUUCGACAAGGAGGAGCUUGAUUUGGUGUUGGUCCCUGCUGGGUUGCUGUUCAUGCUAGCUUACCACUUCUUCUUUCUUUACAGAUACUUUCAUAGGCCUCACACGACGUUUAUGGGCUAUGACAACAAUGACAAGAGAGCUUGGGUCAAAAGUAUUAUGGAGAACAAGGAAAAGGGUGUCAGCGCGGCUCUGACUGUGACCAGCUCCAACACAACUGCAGCGACUUACUUGGCAACAAUCUCUCUGACUCUUUGCUCUCUCAUUGGAGCUUGGAUUGCAAACUCUUCCAACAUCUUCAGAAGCGAACUAAUCUACGGAGACACAAGGGCAUCCACCAUUUCCAUCAAGUACAUAAGCCUCCUGACCUGCUUUCUUCUUGCUUUUUCGUGUUUUAUUCAGGCAGUAAGGCACCUUGUCCGUGCAAGCUAUCUGAUAAGCAACCCAAGUAGUGAAGUUCCUGUGAGUAGUGUGGAGUUGGCAGUUAUAAGGGGAGGUGAACUUUGGUCACUCGGGCUUAGAGCCCUGUAUUUUGCUCUUAAUUUGCUGCUGUGGUUUUUUGGUCCAAUACCCAUGUUCGUUUCCUCCAUCAUUAUGGUACUAUUCCUCCAUUACCUCGACUGCAAUACAACUCCAUUGAAUAAGUAUGGAUCUGCAGGGAACUAGAUCGAUGGUCAAAAAAGACAGAGAUAUGGUAUUCAGGUCUUGGUGCCCAACACGAUGCCCUCAGUGCAAACAGAUGAGUUAAAAUUAGUGGACUGGACAGAGAAGAAGUUCUGGAUAUGGCAGUGGCCCAUCCUUGCCCUGCGGUCUCUGCUGGGGAUUUGUACCCUCCGUGGCCUAACAAAGUACCCCCAGCCUAAUAAAGUUAAGGGCCAAACUGGGCUACAAGCCCACUUUAACUCCCCCAGCUAAAACAGAGAGGAAAACAAAAGGACCUCUUUACGUACUACGGUAUCUCUAUUUAAUUCAAGUGUAGAAGCUCCCUGAGUCUUUAUUAAUUGUAAAGAGUAACUUGGAUUUCGAUUUUGGCAUUUUACACAUUGAGUUCUCACAAAUAUAAUUUAUUACUGGACUUCAUUUUUA